AUGGUCAAAGAAAUCAAACGUCCAGUCCGAGUGGCUGGAGCCUCUGGCGGCUUCUCUGACCGUGUUCGAGCUAUUGCCAGCCUGGCGAAAAAUGAAGAUGUCGAUAUCAUCGUCGGAGACUGGCUCUCAGAAAUGACCAUGACCAUCCAUGGCACCGGCAAGAUCAGAAACUCAGCAGCCAACGGCGGCAAGCAGUUGAGAUGGGAAGAGCAGGUCCAGUCCGCCAUGUUUGCUGAGAACUUCUUGGACUGCUUUUUGCCUGCCAUUGACAACCUGGCCCGACGGAAGAUCAAGCUCGCCGUUAAUGCUGGAGCCAGUGAUACGGAGAUUUUGGCCAAAGUUGUCAAGCAACGCGCCAACGAAGCCGGCCAUGACCUGAAGGUUGCCUGGAUCGAAGGUGAUGAUGCCACUGGUGCAGUCGAGGCGAUGCUUCAGGAAGGUGAAGCAUUUCGCUCAUUGAUGCACAACAGAUCUGUGAAAGAAUGGGGUCUUGAACCUGUUUGUGCCCAAUGCUACCUCGGAGGACUUGGCAUCGCCAAAGCUCUGACGGAGGGUGCCGACAUUGUCAUCUGCGGUCGCGUCUCUGACGCUUCUCCAAUCAUUGGCGCCGCUGCUUGGUGGCAUCAAUGGCAAGCUGACCAAUUCGACGAGCUGGCAGGAUCUCUCAUCAUUGGCCAUUUGCUCGAAUGUGCGGCGUAUGUCAGCGGAGGUUACUGCUCAGAUUUCAAAGACCUCUUCAAGCGAGGGAAGCACACCAACUUGGGCUUCCCAAUCGCUGCCAUCGAUCAUCGAGGUCACGCCGUCAUGUACAAGGAGAAGAACACUGGCGGCUGUAUGACCGUCGCUUCGGUGACUUCUCAAUUAUUGUACGAGAUCCAAGGACCUCAAUAUUACAACUGUGAUGUCACUGCUCAGCUGGAAAGCAUCAAAAUCGAGCAGGUUGGUGAAGAUCAAGUCAAGGUCUCAGGUGUCAGAGGUCUUCCUCCACCACCAACCACCAAAGUCGGCAUUACCGGCUUUGCCGGAUGGCAAGCAGAAUACCACGUCUACCUGUGUGGCCUCGACAUUGAAGAGAAAUGCAAAUGGACAGAAGACCAAAUACUCGCCGAACUCGAUCCUGAGAUGUUGAAGAAAUUCACUGUUCUGAAGUUCAUGCAAAAUGGCAGCUCGGUCAGCGACGCACGAAACCAGGAUGUCGCCACUGUCGACUUCCGAAUCUUCGCCCAAUCAACAGACCGGGAACUGCUGAACAUGAGGAAUCCAAACGGCUUCUUCCGUAGAUCUAUGACCACGUUCUUGCAAAGCUGCCCGGGUGCCUCGUUGGGCAACGAUAUGCGUCAAGCCGAAGGCAAACCAUACUACGAAUAUCACCCAGCACUCCUUCCACAAUCUGCCCUCAAGCAGCGCGUCCAUCUCCUGUGGAUUGCUCCCACUCCAGUCAUUGACAUGCCUUUGGCACCAGAAUUCCGCACCUACGAUCGCCAACAACCUUCGUACGAGACCAAGGAUCCAGUUCCUGUUGACUCUUUCGGACCAACCAUACGGAUGCCACUUGGACGAAUCGUGCUCGGUCGAUCAGGCGAUAAGUGCAGUGACUGCAAUGUUGGACUAUUCGUCCGUCACGUUGACGAGUGGGAUUGGUUGAGAAGCUUCUUGACUGUCGACAAGAUUCGAGAAUUACUCGGCCCUGAGGAGAAUCAUGGCAAGCCUAUCGACAGAUUCGAGAUGCCACACAUUAGAGCUGUCCACUUCCUGCUGCAUGACCAUCUUGACCGUGGCUAUGAUGCAUGCAGUACAUACGACACUUUGGGGAAGAACUGCUGCGAAUUUCUCAGGAUGAGGAUGGUCGAUCUGCCCAAGAAAUUUGUGGACCGAGGAACUGUCUGA